AUGUCCCUGGUUAAUGGGGGCGAGCCACGACAGGGUUUGGCGUUACGUUACAAAAUAAUCUGCAAUGCCAUCAAAAAAGAAGCCAUGGCGACAAUGCUAUGCCAAAAUGUUCAAGAUGCCAAAAGACUGGACGAGAUUGUACUCGCCAAGAGACAAAGUUUAGGCACCAUCAAAGCUCAUCUACAAAGUCGAAUAUAA